AUGGAGAACGAGAACGGCAGCGCCGGCGUCGGGACGCCAACGGCCUCUGCGGUCGCCGCCCUCGCCAAGGCCAAGGGCGCGGGGCUCGCGUCUCCGCUGCUCGGGGGCCCGCUCGACGGCGCACAGGUCUCCGCGCUCGCGGGAAAGGAGACAGUUCCGGCGUGUGCGGCACACACGCCAUCCGGCUCACCGGCCCAGAAACCGGGGACGGUGAGCCCCGCGACCAGUCCCGUCUUGGCGGGGAGUGCCGCGACGCCCGCGGCGAAGGGAGACAGAGGCGUCUCCCCGCAGACCCUCGCGGCCAACGCGCUCGGCGGGGCGUGCCCGAACGCAGCGAGUCUGGCGCCGCUCACGCAGCCGCUGCCCCACAACGCGCCGCCGGUGGAAAUCAAAUUGUUUGUGGGCCGCGUGCCGCAGACUGUGGACGAAGACGCCCUGAGGCCGAUCUUUGAAGGGUUCGGAGACGUCCGCGAAGUGUUUGUCAUUCGCGACAAAAACACACUCAAACACAAAAACAGCGCCUUCGUCAAAAUGGCUUCCCUGGCAGCGGCUGAUGCAUGCAUUCGAGCGCUCCACAGCAACAGAAUCCUCGACGCGGCUCUGGGCCCUAUCAUUGUGAAGUACGCCACCGGCGAGGCCGAGCGUCUGGGCAUGCACAGCCUCGGAAUGGGCGGCGAAGGCGGCGGCGUGGACCAGGCGAAGCUGUUUGUAGGGAGCAUCCCGCGGACGAUGAGCGAGGACGAGUUGCGGGUCUUCUUUCAGACCUACGGCACCGUCGAGGAAGUCUUUGUGAUGAAGGACAGCGCGACGGGCACCGGGAAGGGCUGUGCGUUCGUUAAGUUCAAGUACAAGGAAGAGGGGCUCCACGCCAUGCGCAAUUUAAAUGGAAAGCACAUCUUCGAGGGGUGCACGCGGCCCGUCGAAGUCCGUUUUGCCGAGAGCAAGUCUCAACGCCAGCAGCAGAUGGCUGGUCAACACAAUCUCGGAGGCCUCGGGGGCUGGGGCGGCGGGGGCGUGAUGACGCAGGCGGGGCUCUCUGGAAUGAGUCGGAGCGCGUCCACGUUGGCGGGGAGCAACGCGAAUCCGCGGCAAGCUGGUCAGUGGAAAGAGUACUUCGCCCCGGACGGGCGCCCGUACUACCACAACGAGUACACGAAUGUGACGACUUGGGAGCGGCCGCCGGAGUUCGAUCAUCUGCCGCUGGCGAGUCUGGCUCUGGGCGGGAACCAGGCGUCGAUGUUCUCCGGCGGUGUCGGUUUGCACCACGGCUCGGUGAACAGCGGGAUUGGCGGCUCGGAGACUGCGGGGCCUCCGGGGGCGAACGUGUUUGUGUUUCACAUUCCGAACGAGUGGACCAAGGCGGACUUGAUUCAGACUUUCUCCGGCUUCGGGAACAUCGUCUCGUGCCACAUUGCAGUCGACAAGGUCAGUCAUCGGAACCGCGGCUUUGCGUUCGUGAGCUACGACAACGUCCAGAGUGCGGCGAAUGCAGUGAACCACAUGAACGGCUGCCUCGCGGCCAACAAGCGGCUGAAUGUGUCGAUCAAAAAGGGCGAGGAGCACCACGUCCAGCACUUGCUGAACGUCCACGGUGCUCACGCCCAAGGCCACCACUUGGGCCCGAACCAGCACGGGAAGAGCCAGAGCGUCUCUGGCAGCGCGUCGGCCCACGGCAUGCACCCCCACGGCGCGAGCGGUUCGCAGCAAGGCAGCGCGAACGCGUCUCUCUCCGGCUCUGGAGCCGUGGUCGGGCUCGGGAGUCCCCUGCAGCAGGCCGGCGGCCAGAGUGCGUCGGUAUCCGCGCAGGGCGGUCAGGGCACCGGGAACGUCCACGCCUCGCUCUCCUCGCACCUGCAACUCGCCGCCGUCGGAUCGCCCGCGAGCGGGAUGAUGAGCAACUCGCCGCAGAUGGGCGGCGCAGGCCAGGCCUUCUCCGGGCAUGGAGCCCAACAGCAAACCUGGGGCGCCGGGGGGCCCGGGAGCGGGUACGGCCAGCAGGCGUACGGCGCGGCGGGGCAGAGAUUCAACGCGUACUGA